AAUUGUCAAAUAGCCAGUAAUUAUGGCAGAACAUGGCGCACUAAGGUGGUAAAGAUUCGGGUAGUAUCUUCGAACAUUCUUGAAGUUCGAUCAGUUGGGGUGUAAUUUCAAUUAAAAAGAGGAUAUUUGAUACCCCACAUCUGUUUGUUAUAGUCGUAUGAGUUGAUUAAGUGAAUGCAAUCUUGUGUUUGUGUAUGCAUCUACCCCAUUUGUGCUUAGGUGAAUUGUUGUGAACAAUCUGUCCAUGGGGAGAAGGCUAUGAUUUGUGAAAAUGGGAGCUCAAAGCACUAAAGAAAGAACAUUGACUGUUUCUUCACAUUCUACUAGAACAGCAACAAGAACUAGACCUAGGCCAUUGAAAGAUGGACGACAAACGGUUUCCAAUAUUUUUACAGAACAUAAUGAGGCGUUAUUACAAAGUCGGCCGCUUCCCCACAUUCCCAGUUUACCGGAAAGUGAUCCACCAGGCACUCUCAGUAGCUCCGGCCUCGGAACCCUUACUGGUUCUUCGGGUUCGGGGGCAGCUACUACGCCCCUUUCAUUCGAAACAGCGAACAGAUGGACGUCGAAGGAAAAUCUUCUCGCCCAAGAAGAGAACGAUCCUCAGCUGUUUGUAGCUCUCUACGAUUUUCAAGCAGGAGGGGAGAAUCAACUAAGUCUGAAAAAAGGUGAACAAGUCCGAAUCCUAAGUUAUAAUAAAAGUGGAGAAUGGUGUGAAGCACACUCUUCGACUAACCAAAUCGGAUGGGUGCCAUCAAAUUAUGUUACCGCAGUUAAUUCCCUUGAGAAGCAUUCAUGGUAUCACGGUCCUAUAUCAAGAAAUGCUGCUGAGUAUUUAUUGAGUUCUGGAAUAAAUGGCAGUUUUUUAGUGAGAGAAUCGGAGAGCAGUCCUGGUCAAAGGAGUAUAUCGUUAAGAUACGAAGGUCGAGUAUACCAUUACAGAAUCAACGAAGAUGGCGAAGGAAAAGUCUAUGUGACGGCCGAAAGCAAAUUCAGCACCCUUGCCGAACUGGUUCAUCAUCAUUCCAUGAUGUCCGACGGACUUAUAACGCAACUGCUCUACCCUGCCCCCAAACACAACAAGCCCACGGUUUUCCCUCUCAGUCCCGAACCAGACGAGUGGGAAAUUAACAGAACCGAUAUCGUGAUGAGGCACAAACUAGGAGGAGGACAGUACGGAGACGUCUACGAAGCUGUAUGGAAAAGGUACAAUAUGACGGUGGCUGUUAAAACGUUGAAAGAAGACACGAUGGCCCUGAAGGAUUUCCUGGAGGAAGCGGCCAUAAUGAAGGAAAUGAAACAUCCGAACUUGGUCCAACUGAUGGGCGUCUGUACGAGAGAGCCACCCUUCUACAUCAUCACCGAAUUCAUGAGCAAGGGCAAUCUACUGGACUACCUGAGGAACGGCAACAAGGAAAACAUAAACGCCGUGGUACUUAUGUAUAUAGCGACACAGAUUGCUAGCGGUAUGAGCUACCUGGAGAGUAGAAGUUUCAUACAUCGGGAUCUGGCCGCUAGGAAUUGCCUAGUGGGGGAGAAUCAUCUGGUCAAAGUGGCCGAUUUCGGGCUGGCCAGACUGAUGCGCGACGACACCUACACGGCACACGCGGGCGCCAAGUUCCCGAUCAAGUGGACGGCGCCGGAGGGUUUGGCCUACAACAAGUUCUCGACCAAGUCUGACGUGUGGGCGUUCGGAAUCUUGCUGUGGGAGAUCGCGACCUACGGGAUGUCCCCGUAUCCUGGCGUCGAUUUGACCGACGUGUAUCACAUGCUGGAGAAGGGAUACAGGAUGGAAUGUCCGCCCGGAUGUCCGCCCAAAAUAUACGAGCUGAUGAGGCAGUGCUGGCAGUGGCAUGCGCACGAGAGACCGACGUUCGCCGAGAUUCAUCACGCGUUGGAGAAUAUGUUUCAGGAGUCCAGCAUUACAGAAGAGGUAGAAAAACAACUGCAGGGAAACGAGAUCGCUGUCCAUACUGGAACUCCCCACCUGUCCUAUAAAAAAUCGCAUUCAGGAAGCACAGGAAAUAUUCAUAGUUUAGUUGGAUUAAUUGAUCAAUGUAGUGAUAACAUCAUGACAACCAAAUUAUCUACAUUCACUGGUGGUUCAAAAAAUAAUUUAGUACAAAUGAGACGAACAACGAAUAAAAAGGGAAAAACAGCGCCAGCCCCUCCGAAGAGAACGAGCUUGCUAUCUUCUUGCAGUUCAUUCCGUGACAGUACCGUUGAGGAUCAUGCAGGACAGCUUGAAGCGGCAGGAGAUGAAGGAACAUGUGAUUUAAAUGGUAUAUUGAAUAAAAAGAGAUAUAAAGGUAUAACCAAAGAUCUUCAAAACCUGGCAGCUAGUGCGAAAGGAGACAGCGAAAGCGACUUGCAAGACCAAACACCUGAUACCGAUGAUUCGGGAGCUCAUUCUUAUCCAGAAAUAUCAAUGGCUAGUAGCUUGGGUGGAGGGGCCAUAACAGGCUCUUUCAAAAGAGCUCCCAUCAUGGGCAAUAGGGCAGUAGGACAGAGGACCGGAAAAAAAACGAAAACUAAAGAAACGCCACCUGUUCACGUAGCUGCUCUAGAAGUUCAGAAUGUCCGAAAAGCGAUCAGUCGGUAUGGAACCCUUCCUAAGGGAGCCAGAAUUGGUGCUUACCUAGAGUCCCUACGGCAAAGCGGAAUGUCGAAGAACGACGAAUCCCAAACCAACAAUUCUCAACCGGCAACGGAACAAGAAACAACCCCUAAAAGUCUUUCACCUAAAACUAGUAUCAGAAAUCAACCCCAAAUGAUCAGAAGUAACUCGUCGAGUGGAGUUACCUCUUUUCACGCUCCCCAUCCACCUAGUUCUCCAACUUCUGGUAAAUUAUCACGAAAUCGGAAUUUAAAUAGGAAUAACACAACAGGAGACGUGAGGAACAGUUUGAGGACGUUUAGAGGUUCACAAGAUAAUAAUUUUAGAGGAGGGAGCCCUUCAAGAUCAAUUCAACCAACACUAGCCGACCUUGAGUUUCCACCACCCCCUACUGAUUUGCCGCCACCUCCUGAAGAAUUUGAUAGUUCCGUAGAUGUAGAUUUCACAACCACAGUUAUGACUUCCUCGAUAGAGAUGAAGAAGAAAAUCAUACCCAUAUCACCUCUCACCACUAAGAAAAUCAAUAGAACCAUAGAUAAAACGGAAUCUUCCUUCAUCAAUAACUCUCAAGCUACAGGCAGCAGUAGGUUCGGUAUUAGUUUGAAAAGAAGAGAGAAGGAUAAUGGUGGGCAGCGUUCUAGUCUUAACAGUCCUAGCCAAGAAGUCAGGAGUCCUCUCGGUGAAGUAGCUCCGAAUUUUCCUUCCCUCAAUUCGCCAAUGGAAUCUUUGCCACCGCCACCAAGUUUCCCAGAACAAGCUUUGGAUGGUGGGGAGCUCAAAGAGAACUUGGAAGACAAUAAAAGUUCCAAAGUAUUCAAAAACAAACUAAUAUUGAAAGAAAUGGAAUUGAAAUUAGUGGCAGAGAUUAAAGAGAGAGCAGAUCAAAAAAAUAAAAAUCCUUACGAGUCUCCACUUUUGGAACCUGUUUUGGCUGUGAGUAGCAUAAGUCAUGAUCCUGUAGCUCAACUAGUCUCUGAGCUCUCGCAAACUUUCAAUUUAGAUAAGAGAGAGGUUAAAACUGAAAAAGACGGAGAGAAUUGUAAAAAGAGUGCGUCCAACAACGGAUCUCCAACAACGACAUCGAAAUCAACAGAAAACAAUGGUAAUUUCGUGCCACAGCUCAAAAAAAUCGAUUGUACAAAGAAAGCCAAUACCAAAGAAAUUAGCGAAUCUAUUAGUGAUUCAUCUGUUAUCAUAGACUUCAAGUCAAGACUGAGAAAAGUGGAACCGGAUAAGAAAGAGGGACAAAUUGAGAAAACAGACAAUGAAAAUGAAACGGAAGCUCUACCCAAUAAGAGAGAAAGUACUGCUAGUUCGGACAGUGGGAAUCAGAAAAUCGAUGAAGAAGAUAAGAGGAAGAGUACUGGGAGUAUAAGUAGUUUGAAGAAACUGUGGGAAUCAAAGGAACCCACGGAGAUUGGAAAUGUGCAGUUGAGCCCUAAAUUAUCUGUGAAAAAUAAAAACGAUGAGAUUAUUGAUGAGAAUUCGCCGGUGGACACAUCGGACGAGUCGAUGAAAACGGAAAAACAAAAGGGUGAAAAACGAUUGUGGCCCCCGGGGAACAAUGACGAGAAGCCAACAAUUCCUGCCAAACCUCCAGUCAAAGCCAUCAAGCCGGUUCUGAAUCGUACGAGUGGACCAGCAAUAUAUGCAACUCCAAUUUCGACCAACUCUCCGAAUUCUAAUAAUGGUAAACCCCCAAUAUCGGCGAAGCCGCAGAACCUGGAGAACAAGAGUCCGGAUAAGGAACCCCCAUCUGAUAAAUCGAGCAAAGAAACAAUUUUGGAAAUUUCCCAAGCGCUUGAGUCGAACCUGAACAAUAUACGAACAAACACGUCAGUUUCAUCCGCAACGUGGUUGCAGCUCUCCGACAAAAUUGGGCUUUUGCAUGGCUCCUGUAUGGAUUAUGCAGAUAAUGUUGGUCCGGCCCAUACCAAAUUUCAGUUUCGCGAACUUUUGACCAGGCUGGAAACGCAGGCAAGGCAAAUCCGUUCGGCAGGGUCCAGAAAUUCGACUGAAAAUACUCGAUAUAUUAAUGAAGUGAAUAACACCAUAAAAGACGUUGUGAAUGUGGUUUUUCGAUAGACUUUUCGACUAUUUAUAUAUCUCAUUCAAAAAAGUAUUUAUUUCAAACCUUUAGGACCACUAUAUUUUAUUUCACUUCCCUUCCUCUUUAGGUAAGUGAUGCAAUUCUAUAUAAAUGUAUGGAAGUAGAUGGGAAACUUCUAGUUGGGGUGAAAGUGAGUAGAGAAUUUUUUUGUAUGAAUUUCAUCUUCAGAAUGAUGUCGAAUGUUCCGAUGCAUUUACUGUACGUAUAAAUCUUUUAUUGACUGAAACGAAAAAUUAGGAAUUAGAAUUUUCUAUGCAAAAGCGUAAACAGAAAAGCUUCAGUUCUAAUCGCUUGAGAAUAUAUGAAAAAAAUUAAUUUGGAUUUAAGGAUCCAAAUAUAUUUAUCCAUAAUAUUGGCACAUUAAUAUCAUUUUCUCUGUGUAAUAUAUUGAUUCCAAGAAAUUACACAUAACAAUUGUAUUAGGAAGUGAAAUAGAUUCAUGGUAUAUGAAAUAUGCCUAUGUUUAUAUGAAACCUACCUAAUAUUCUCAGUGAGGUUUCGGCUCCGCGUAUACCGAACAGUACUGAAUUGUGCUAGUUUUGUAACAUUGAAAUUUUUUAUUUUGUCCACACGGUUCUCAAGAUAUUCCGCAAAAAGUAUGAAACGGCCCCAGCACUUUUUGAAAAUUUCAGUUUAAACGGCUGAAAUAGAUGUGCUAUGCGGGUACUGAGUUGAAUUUUUCGAAAGUCUCUAACUUCCAGAAAGUCGAAAAUGAAGAAAAAAGUUAACCCAUCACUCUUGUUUUUUCUUCCCGAAAAUGAUUGAAAAAAUUCGUGCCACAUUUGUACUGACUUGCGUCGUGAAUAUAUUUUCAUGAAUUUCCCGGAAAAUCGCGAUUUCUAAAUAAUGUUUGAGCAGCCUUUUCGAAUUUUCCUAUUGAAAACACAUGCAUAUAAUUGUGCCAACUGUGCUUAUUUUCACAAUAAACAAGCUUAUUUUCCGACUAAUAAUAAUUUGUCUUGAUUUGUUCAGAUUUUCAGGAAAUAUUUCAAAAUUUUCUCCAAAUGGUGUAAAUUAUAAACAUUAGUAUUUUGUUUCAAAUUUAUUAUACAUUAUAGAACAGACUUGAGAUUCUGAAAAUAUUGCAACAUGGAUUAAACUAAUGGAGAGGUUAUUAUCGUUUUUGACUCAAUAAAUUAUCGCAGGUCGAAAGUAAGACAACAUUGUACCAGUUGAACUCAAAACUUCAUUUUCAGCGGAAAAUCCACUAAAAAUUUACUGUAUAAAUAGUCGAUUCAAUUCAUCAGUGGAAUAACAAAAAUUGUUGAGUUGAUAUUCUGAUAGAUUCUUCCAAAUGCAUAAAUUUGGCAAUACUGUUACUGAAACACGCUUAGGACGGUUUAGAAAUGGGACGAUCAUGUUCAGAGGAUUGCGUUCCUCAACGUACUGAAUCUCAAAUUGAAAGCUUAACAAACACAACUAAAUUAAAAAUUAAAAAGAUCUGGCGAAUUUAUGUGAAAAUAUUUACGUCACAACUCAUGUAUAUAACAUCAUAUAUUUUAGCCGUUAAGCCAAAUUUUCGAAAAUUGCUGGUCUAACCCAUUUUAUACAUUUUGUGAUAAUAUAUCUUGAAAAUCUUGGGAAAUAAAUCAAAAAUUUCAAAGUCACAAAGCUGCACAAUUUAGUACUGAGCUAACUCCACACAUAUUGGGACGUGCUCAUAUAAAAAUGUUUUCUGUACAGCAAACGUAACGAGUAGGCCGAUCACGCACAAAAGGAAGAUUAGAUGGCCUGAUAGUACAAAAGUAAUUUCCAUUUGCAGCAAUUUUUAAGAACAAAAAUUAUUGAUUUUCAUCAUAAUCAAAAAUAUAAUAUUUUGAACAUGAAAUAAUUUCGGAAAACACAAAAUCUUGUUGAGUAUUUCCGAGCAGUUUUUUACUUCUUUUAAUUAAUUGUUAUAAUAAUUAAAAUAAUAUCAGUUCAAGCAGCUACAGGAUUUUCAUUAGUAGAAAUUCAUGACAAAAACUGUAUACAUAUCAAACUAUAUUUCUAAGCAAUCUACAAACAGCAAAACAGAGUAUAGUUGGGAGAGCGGGGGAAACAAUAAUUUCAGGAAUUUUUCCGAUAAUACAGAAAGAUCUAUCCACAGGGUUGUUAAAAAAAUUCGAGGCUCACUACCUCUGAUUUAUAUUAUCUUUUUUUUUUUCAAUUUUUCAUGAACCUUCUGCGUUCAAAACUAUUUCAAUGUUCUACAUUAAAGAUUACAUACUGCAUAAAGAGCAAACAUGUAAAAUUGCAUUCAAAAACAAAAAUUGUUUGAAAUUUCUGAACGAAUUUUCACCUUUUUUGUCGAUGCUACUGGAAAUUUAUUUUGUACUAUAGUGUUGAUUUAGGUGAAUAAUUAUAUUCGAUCACUUCGAUUUGCGAUGGAACUUAUUUUUUUUUUAUUUCAGGGUUGUCUUCUGUGAAGCUUUAAAUGAAAAAUUCUGUAUAAUACAACUAUUACUCGAUUAUCGGGAAGUGAUUCAAAAUCAUUGAAAAUAUUGAUUACAUUCAUACAUAAAAAAUUCCUCAUGGUUUCACACUACCUAAGAUUUCAGUGCUCUGCUGUUAAAAAAUAUAAAACUUAUUUAUCAGACUGCAAAAUUAUAUUGAACUUAUUAAUUUUACUGUAUAAAACCGAUAAUUCAUUGUUGAUGGAUAUUUCCACAGAACAUUCGAAAUUCUUGUUAUUUUUUAACAAGUGGAGUAUCAGGAGUAGUGCCUGCAUUUUUUUUUAUGAAAAUAUGUUUGGUUCUUCCAUGUAUUAUUUAUUACUCCUUUAGAGAUGGAUAAGAAAAUCUCCACUUUAUGUUUUUUGUAAAUAUUACGAGGUUGCCAUAUAGAGUAAUGGAGAAAUGAAAAAUAUCAUUCUGCUAAGUAAUUGAUCACAAUUCCAAAAAUCGAAAAUCAAUUAUAUUCAUGAGUUCAUUUUACGUCUGGGAAAUUACAAUUGUUUGAAAAUUUUCACGAGCAAUUUUUUUAUCCAUAUCAAAAAAUGAAUAUUACAAUUUUUCAUGUGGUUCAUAUUGAAUUGCAUGAAUAAUUGAAUAGGUAAAUAACAAAUUAUGCUUUGAUUAUUCACUGAACUGUGAUACCCAUAUUUAAUUUUAAGCAUUUACAUGCUCAAUAAUUGAUGAUUACUCUUGAAAUAAUGAGUAUAAGUAAUUUUUCCCUAAUUUGUUUUAUUACUAUGUGUAUAUGUUUUGUUAUAGACUAUCUUAUUUUAUCAGUUGUUGCAAGCACUAAAUCUUCAAUCGAUCAUCAUUAGGUCAAGUACGGACUGAAUUUCAUAGACUCGUUCCAACGAAUAAUUCCUCUUUAUUUUAAAUUAUGGUACACAGUAAUCUCAAUACUUAGUAAGUUUGCAUAUUAUGCUAGUCUUAUUUUUGUAAUAAUAUAUUGUUUAUAUCUAGUAGGUGUCCAGUAUGAAUAAAAAAUUUCAAAGAUA